GUGGGCACUGUCCUGCCCACCUGCUCCGCGGCCAUCCCUUGGGAGGGCCUGAAGGGUCAGCGCUUGAGAACCGUAACCUGUCCGUUACUGAAACGCUUCACGUGAACAGCUGACCCUUGAACUCAGUGUGAACUGCUGAGUCCUCCCGUGUGCUGUGCGCGGAUGUUCUUCAAUAAAUACCGUGCUACAGCGCCUCGCCCUCCCUGGAGCAGGACAGGGGGGCGCCUGGGGCUCGAGCGUCCUGGGGCCUUGGUCAAACCACUGGUACCCAGGGACCGGAGGAUUUCAGUUACAUCUGUCUCUGUGCUUCUGGCCAACCUAGGUGCAGUCUCAUCAAAAACCCUAGACUGUUGUGAUGAAACAUUGGAUGGAAACUUCCUUCAUGCCUCUCUUGAUGCCAGAAUUGAAGGGGAACGAGGUUGCCAUGGAAACGGUCACCUCGCUUCUAGAGGAUCUUGGCAGCAGCUAAGCCCUGACUUUUCUCAUUCUACAUUUCUCAUUCGACACUUUCUCCUUAGGAAGUUCAUUCUGUGGGACUAACUGGAUUAGAAGAAUUAAAGGACUGGGAUAUGAAAUGAUGAUAUAAUUUGAUAUAGCCAAGCAACAGCUUCUCCCGAAUCAGCAUGUUAAGAAAUAAGGGUCAUUCCUCCAAACAGGAUAACUUAGCAGUCACUGCAGUGGCUUUACAAGAUCACAUUGUACAUGAUCUUCAACUUCAAAAUCUUUCAAUAGCAGACUCUUCUAAGACAAAGGUACAAAAGACAGAGAACAGAUCCAAAUCUCUAAGAAGAAAUACAAAGGCCCUAAUAGAUACUGGACUUAAGAAAACCACACAAGGAGGCCCUAAAGUGGAAGAUCCAGAAAAAGAAUAUGUUCUUGAUCCAAAACCACCACCAUUAACUUUAGCACAGAAGUUGGGCCUCUUUGACCCUCCCCCAUUGCCACUGUCGGCGGAUGAAUGGGCCAGAGUGAAGCAGAGAUCCGUGGAGCAGGGGGACUCCACGCAGCCGUGCCCGAUAUGCAGAGAGGAGUUUGGACUUCACCCGCAGGUGUUUAACGUGCUGCUCUCCUGCUCCCACGUGUUCCACAGGGCUUGCCUUCAGGCUUUUGAAAAGUUCACAAAUAAAAAAACGUGUCCUCUCUGUAGAAAGAACCAGUACCAAACCCGGGUGAUCUGCGAUGGGGCCCGACUCUUCAAAAUCAAGUGUGCGACCAGGAUCCAGGCGUCCUGGCGCGGACACGUGGUCAGGAGGUGGUACCGGGACCUGAGGAGGACGGUGCCGCCCACAGAUGCCAAGCUGAGGAGGAAGUUCUUUGAAGCCAAGAUAAACUCAUCUCUUCAGAGAAAAGAAAGGAAACGGGCUCAAGUUUUCACACCUCCUGAGCAACGGAUGGACCUCCUGGCAUCACCAAAAUGCGAGAGAGUUUUAGAAAUAAAUAACUGUGGUUUCUGACUUUUCCUUUAA